GAAAAAAGCAAAAACCUUAUUUCUCCCUUUGUAAUCUCAGCUUCACUAUUUCAGUUAUCUCUCCCUUCCUCUCUCCGGAAUCUUCUCCGAUCUAAGGAGUUAAACCCAACUGAUCCGGUCAACUUGUGUAAAAUUUUGCAGAAUGGAAGAAGUUCAAGAGUCCCAACCCCAACCAUCGCUUGGUCAAGAAGAUGAAAAUGAAGUGAUUACUGAAAGUUCAGCAUUUGUUAAAGGGGAACCAGACCCAGAAUUCAGUAGUAGCCCCCCAAAAGUUGACUCUGAAGUUGAGGUCCUUCACGAGAAGGUCACCAAACAAAUCAUUAAGGAAGGCCAUGGCCAGAAGCCUUCCAAAUAUUCAACUUGUUUCUUCCAUUACAGGGCUUGGUCUGAGAAAACACAGCACAAGUUUGAAGACACAUGGCAGGAGCAAAGGCCAAUUGAAAUGGUCUUGGGUAAAGAGAAGAAAGAAAUGACUGGGUUGGGCAUUGGUGUGGCAAGUAUGAAAGCUGGGGAGCGUGCAUUGGUGCGUGUAGGCUGGGAGUUAGGAUAUGGAGAGGAAGGAAGCUUUUCUUUUCCAAACGUUCCACCCAUGGCGGAUUUAGUUUAUGAAGUUGAACUCAUUGGCUUUGAUGAAACGAAAGAAGGGAAAGCUCGCAGUGAUAUGACCGUGGAAGAAAGGAUCGGUGCAGCAGACCGGAGAAAGAUGGAUGGAAAUGCUUUAUAUCAGGAAGAAAAACUAGAGGAAGCUAUGCAACAGUAUGAAAUGGCCAUAGCGUAUAUGGGAGAUGACUUCAUGUUCCAGUUGUUCGGGAAAUAUAGAGAUAUGGCUCUGGCUGUAAAGAAUCCGUGCCAUCUUAACAUGGCAGCUUGUUUGAUUAAGCUGAACCGUUAUGAAGAAGCUAUAGGACAAUGCAGCAUUGUACUGGGUGAGGAUGAGAACAAUGUGAAGGCAUUAUUUAGGAGAGGAAAGGCUAGAGCAGCACUUGGGCAAACAGAUGCUGCAAGGGAAGAUUUUCUUAAGGCACGUAAACAUGCCCCUCAAGACAAAGCCAUUGCAAGAGAACUGAAAUUGCUUGCUGAACAUGACAAGGCCGUUUACCAAAAGCAGAAAGAGAUAUAUAAAGGAAUAUUUGGACCAAGGCCUGAACCAGUUCCUAAGACAAGAAACUGGCUCAUACUUAUUUGGCAGUGGUUGCUUUCAGUAUUCAAUGGCCUUGUCAGCCUCUUCAAGCGUGAAAGGCUUAAAUCUGAUUAAACAAAAAGACCACCUCUUGUACCACUCAGAAAAUUAUCAUACUUUUACUGUUUUCCUUUUGCUUGUGGAGGAACAAUCAGAUGUUGAAAAAGCACUGGUAUUUCACUCGUAGGAGUUAUCUUUGACAAUGCUAUCAAUCUGCUCUUAUGUUGCUUUUCAUAGUUUGGUGGUGGUUUGUUCAGAACCUCAUUGUCACUAGAAUUGAAAUUGAAAUUAUCAGUUUCGCUUAAAUCAGAUAGUUAUUUUAUGAA